AUGCCUCAGACCAUUCCCAUUGCCAUGGACCCCCCCCGGCGGGUGCGCCUCAAGCCCUGGCUGGUGGCCCAGGUGAGCAGCCGGCGCUUCCCGGGGCUCCGCUGGCUCGACCCUGAGCACCGGCGCUUCGUCAUCCCCUGGGGACACGCCACCAGGAACCCCCCGGGACCCCAGGACCACGACACCAUCUUCAAGGCGUGGGCACAGGAGACGGGCCGGUUCCGGGCCGGGGACCCGCCAGACCCCCCUCGCUGGAAGGCCACGCUGCGCUGUGCCCUCAACAAGAGCCGCGAGUUCCGGCUGCUGCUGGACGGGCCCCGCGGGUCCCCGGCCCAGCCCUUCCGCAUCUACGAGCUCUGCGAGGAGUCCCCCGGGGGCGCAGAUGGGGGGGACGAGGAUGACUAUGGCUGCAGCGGGGAGGAAGAUGUCAGCCAGCUCCAGAAGAUGACAUCCCUGAGCAUCGAUGACACGCAGCACGGGGGGGACCUGCUGCCCCCCUACCCCUGGUCCAAGGAGGAGCCCCCUCCCUUUGCCAGCUGCUGCCCCCCAGGGGGGCCCUUUGGACCUCCCCCCCCGGCACUGCUCCAGGGGGAGGCGGGGGGCACCCAUGGGACCCCCGAGCUGCUCCCCGGCACCCUCCCUGAGACGGGGCCCCCCCUGGGUCCCCCGGGGCCCUCGUCCACCUGCCCGGUGGCACCGACAGAGCACCUGAUCCCUGACCUGCUUGUCAGCCCCCACAUGCUGCCACUGACUGACCUGGAGCUGAAGUUCCAGUACCGGGGCCGCCAGGUCUGUGCCCUGACCGUCAGCAACCCGCACGGCUGCCGGCUGUUCCACAGCAGCCUGGAGCCCACGCGGGAGCAGGAGGAGCUCUUCGGGCCCCUGACGCUGGAGCAGGUGCCCUUCCCGUCUCCCGACGCCAUUCCCAACGAGAAGCAGCGCUUCUACACCCACCAGCUGCUGGAUGUGCUGGACCGAGGGCUCAUCCUGGAGCUCCAGGGCCAGGAUCUCUUCGCCCUGCGGCUCUGCCAGUGCAAGGUCUUCUGGACAGGGCCCUGUGCUGCUCCCCAGCCCGGCCCCAACCCCAUCCAGAGGGAGAGAAGGACCAAGCUCUUCAGCCUCGAGGGCUUCCUCAAUGGCCUCAUCCAGUUCCAGAAGGGGCAGACCCCCACCCCGCCCCCUUUUGAGAUCUUCCUCUGCUUUGGCGAGGAGUGGCCGGACCAGAAGCCCAAGGAGAAGAAGCUGAUCACGGUGCAGGUGGUGCCGGUGGCGGCGCGGCUGCUGCUGGAGAUGUUCUCCGGGGAGCUGUCCUGGUCGGCCGACAGCAUCCCGCUGCAGAUCUCGCACCCCGACCUCAAGGACAGGAUGGUGGAGCAGUUCAAAGAGCUGCACCAGCUGUGGCAGAGCCACCAGCGGCUGCCGCCGGCGCAGCCCCCGCCCUGCGCCUCCGCAGGGCCCUGGGCGCUGCCGCCCGGCCCCCUGCCCCACUGA